UUGGCGAAAACAGAAGCACGUGUGACAGCAGUAAGAGCAGGUGCCUGUUACUAAUUUGAAGUGAAAAUGCCUAAAUCCAAACGUGAUAAGAAAGUUUCUUUAACACAAACAAAGAAGAAAGGCCUUGAGUUUAAACAGAAGAUAAUAGAGGAUAUCCAGACCUGCUGUGAUAAAUAUAAGAACAUAUUCCUCUUCUCCGUCACUGUCUAUAUAUAUUGUAGAUCCAGACAUGCUGUGAUAAAUAUAAGAACAUAUUCCUCUUCUCCGUACACAACAUGAGGAACACACAUCUUAAGGACGUUCGCCAGAGCUGGAUAGGAAGCCGAUUUUACUUUGGGAAGAACAAAGUGAUGUCAUUGGCAUUAGGGAGGACCCAGGAAGAUGAAUAUAAAGACAACCUACACAAACUGAGUUCUCAGUUGCGCGGACAGACAGGACUGCUGUUCACCAAUAAAUCAAAGAAAGAGGUCCUCAGAUUCUUUGAUGAGUACAGAGUGCCAGAUUAUGCCAGAUCAGGCAAUCCGUGUCAACAAACCGUGAUGUUAGAUGAGGGACCUAUCCCAGAAUUCUCUCAUUCCAUGGAACCCCAACUCCGACAGCUCGGACUACCCACUUGUCUACAGAAAGGUGUGGUAACCUUACUGAAACCUCAUACAGUGUGUGAAAAAGGGACAGUACUGACACCCGAACAGGCCAGAAUCCUGAAACUGUUUGGACACAAGAUGGCAGAAUUUUAUGUAACAAUAGAGGGCAUGUGGUCAUCCAAUGGAAAGUGGGAGGUGAUAUCAGACAGACCUGAACCCAUUGUACCCCCCAAAGUCACGGUCAAAGCUAAGCCGAGGGAAGACGUGGAGGAGGAUGAUAUGGAGGAAGAAGAGGAGGAAGAUGAAGAAGAAGGAACGUGACGUCAGAAAAAACUGUGUUCUUAUGUUAAUGUUAAUAAAAAAUAUUGGUUUUA